AUGACGGGAUCCUCACAUAGUUUCCAGAAGCUCAGAAUCGAUACCUCGACCCCCAAGCCCGCUCCCUCUACCUUCGCGUCCAUCAGGCGUGACACUCCCCAGAAUGGCGCUGCUGAAUCGCAACUGUCGGCGGAAUUUGCAGAGGCCGACGGCCACGAACACGCUCAUGCCAUUCCCAUAGACCGCGAUGGUCACGGCACGAACGGCCACAGACCCUACGCACACCAAGACGCAGCCGUUGCUGUGACUAGCAGCAGCAGCAGCGAAGAAGACAUCGAACAGCAAUUUCGACGACGAGCCAAGUCCAUCACCUUCAACAAAGAAGUUACUCUCGACAGCGGUAACCGUCAUGCGAUCGAAGUACCCUUGCCCAAGUCGAAAACGGUGCCACGCAGUUUCGAGAGUGAUGGGUCGAACGAGCAGGACUACUUCGAGAUGCAGAUGCGUCAGCAAAGGCUUCCCCAGCAGCCGAAGAACGCGUCAAGGUAUCCUCUCCUCCAGACCACUGUCGAUGAACUUGCUGCAGGUCAAGAGUACAAUGACAACGUUGCAUCUUUGACUUCAGAGACGACGGCAUCGCCGUUGGAAGAAGUGCACACGCCUCGAGAUGAGCCGUCCGAGUAUAUGCUCUCUCCUUUGCACACCAGUUCCCCAAUUGGGUUUCCGCAGAUGGACGAGAAGAAAAGGCGCAAUCCGCCAGGGCGCUCGAAGAGCUAUCAGGUGGGUGAAGGCGACAGUAUUCUGCGACGAGGAAGCCGCCGCGCUUCAGCCCGUACUGGCCGCUCAUUGUCAUCCAUGUCACCAGCUGCAUCGUUCUUGGCCAGCUACAAGACCCACGGCCCACUUAAGCCUCCGCAGCCCGACGACGAAGGCCAAGGGAUCGGCUACGACGGCGAGUACAUCAUAGGAAAGCAAAUUGGUUGGGGUGGAUUCAGCGUCGUCAAGGAGGUCAUGAGCUUUGAAAAUGGCAAAAGAGUUACCAAUGCGGUCAAGAUUGUUCGAAAGCAGGUUGACGACAAAGACGAGCUAGAGAACGACCAAAUCCAAACCCAGUUCGAUCAUGAGGUGGAAAUUUGGCGGUUCUUACGGCACGCUUAUAUUCUUCCUCUCAUGCGAGUAUACACGACCGACUUUGCGACCUUCUGUAUCACCAAGUUGAACAAGGGCGGUACGCUCUACGACCUGGUACGCGAAAUGCACAAGAACAAGAAGAACGGUCUCGCAGCCAAGCUGGCGAAGCGCUAUGUCUAUCAAUUGGCAUCGGCAGUACGGUACCUGCACAACGACGUACAAGUUGUGCACCGAGACAUCAAGUUGGAGAACUGCCUGCUAGACAUGACCGGGCCCCGGGCUGAUGUCGAAGGUGGCGAUGUCCUGCUGUGUGACUUUGGCAUGGCGGAUUUCAUCGUCAGCGACCAACGUGACAGCCCCGAACCGCAGUCUGUCGGUCAAAACCACAAUAUCGGCCCUUCUGGCACCAGCACCUGCAUUGUCGGCAGCCUGCCGUACGCGGCGCCUGAGCUGUUCACUAGCAAUGUUCCCAUUUUCUCUCCGGCUGCGGACGUGUGGGCCUUCGGGGUGGUCGUGUACGCGCUGCUGACGGGCUACCUGCCUUUCAACGAAGGCUUGAAUGCCAGAACAGCCAUCAAGAUUCAGAACGCCGAGUAUGAUCUUGACCUUCUUCGAAACUCGGAAGCUCUUCAAGAGCGUGACGCCGCAGAGGCACUUGCCCUGGUGACGGGGUGUCUGACCAUCGACCCCGAAAAGCGCUGGAAUAUCCACGAUAUCCUCGAGUGCCCCUGGUUGGCUGGCUGUUCGCAACUGUAUGAAGAAGUGGACCGGCCAUGGCUUGCAGGCUCCUGA